AAACCACUCUACUCGUUCUCGUUUCCUUAUUCCCUCUUCUUUUCUUUUAUUUUCUCAGCAAGCUAACACAACUUACAAAACCGAUGUUCCCUUACGAUCCCGUGGCGUUACGAACCCGAAAAUGGAAAGGAAAGAAGUUAGAGGAGUUCUUUAUCUUACAAAAUCGGGCCCCGAAUUCUGCAGCCUUUACUGAAGAACACAUUCAAUGUCUUCGAAACAAUGUUGUGCGCUUGAUCUGUAAGUAUUCGAAGUAUGAGAAAUUUGAAGCCAACAUCCAAUUCUAUGCUGUUACCUACUUUGAUCAUUUCAUAUCCAAAAAUCCACCUCCGGUUCUACAUGAGCAUAGUGUUCUAUAUCAAGCUCGUUAUUUAGCAAUCGCCUGCCUAUCUCUUGCUUCGAAGUUGCUGACAAGAAGUGGAAGAAGACAUUUCAGGAAAAUUAGUGAUAAAAUUUUACUCGAAAUGGAGUUCAAGAUUUUCAAUGGACUUAACUGGCAAAUGCCAGCUUUAAUUCCAAAUUUGAGUUCCAAUAGCAAUCGGAUCAAUGUUCAAGUUCGAGGAGGCAUCGAGUUCAGCCAUUCCAAACACUUAAUUUUUGGAGCAGCAGCUAUUCUUUCUGCUAUUAAUUUUGGGUAUGGUGAUGAUGGUGAUAGACUCAAAGAAGCAGGAUUUACUAUAGUGGAUAAAGAGAAACUAACAAACUGCAUUAAUAAAAUGGAAGAGGUUUUGAUGGAGGCCAAAAAAGCUGCAUGGAGUGUAAAGAAGCAGAAAAUGGCGUCAUCAAAUUAUAUUGAACCUUCGGGUUUUAAAGCAGACUGGAAGUGUAGUGGAAAUGAAGAUGACGAGUUGGCAAAAUUUGAUCCAGCAAGUUUCAUGGAGCAUCCAAAGGCAGAUUUUAAAAUUCUAGGCUGCAUUCCGCUAAGAUGGUUGCCAAGAUGGAUGCCAUGUUGGGAUUACUAAUACUAGCAUAGAUGCCAAAUCGAAACUUGUCAGUGCAAAAAUUGGAUUUGCAUGCCAAAAGCAAUGGCUGUUACUAGAAUUUGCUAGACAUCUUUUGUUGAAAGAUUAGGCAAGGCAUUGAGUAUUUCUUAUUGAAAGGCUAAAAACACUUUGAGGGCUAUUGUUCUCUCAAAGUUAACUCUUCAUGCAUUUGAAUUUGAAAUAAAGGCCAAUUUACUUCCUAGACUCAUAAA